AUUGGACCAAGAAGUCGAGGCAACAAUAGCCAACUGUUGCUUUUCAAUGAUAUGUAAAAUUGCGGCACAGCAGGGAAAGGAUGUCCAUGCUGUUGAUGCUUAUGUGGUGGCUCUCAAUGCGGACCCAUUGUUGUCUCUACCUUCAGAUGCAGCAUCAAAAGAUUGUAUCCUUUUCCCCGUAUGGAAACCAGGACACUGGCUCCUAUGUGUUCUCAAGCCAAAAGUUAAGAGGAUUCACAUUCUCGACUCCUCUGACCCUAGUGCUCGUGGAGAUAUUGAGUGUUUAUCCAUUAUCAGCAUGCUUGCUACAAGGCUUGUUCCAGGAUCCUGGAUAAUUGCUAGAAAUGAGGAUGUUCCAGUACAGUUUGGGAGUUCUGACUGUGGAGUAUUCAUGCUUAUGUAUGCACUAUAUGUUGCCCAUGAAUGGACCUUCGACUUCACUCAGCAUGAUAUGCCUAGCAUAAGGAGAUGGUGGGUGAACCUCCUGAUCAACAACAUGACACAUGGAAGGAAGAGGAGAUAUGAUGAUAUCACUGGUCAGUGCAUGGAGCAGGAGUACCAGGGCCCUGAACAGGAGAACUCUGAAUAUUUGAUGUCAAAAGAUGAGGAGACUGUAGCUGCCAGGACAACUGGGCACCACUACAGGGACAGCAGAUUAUACCGUGACAGCUUGGAAGCGCAGAGAUGGUGCAAUGAACACAGGAACAAGUUUUGCGGAGAUGUUGCACCACCUCCGAUUCUAAACAUGUCUGAAGAGGAGAUGGAAGAGGCAUUUCAGAAACUGGACACCCUCAGUAUACACACUGAUGAGGACGAAAGAUCUGAUGUGCUUAGAAACUUUGGCUUUUCGUUUACUGAUCUGAAAGACAUGGCUUUUUUUUUAGAUAAUGUCAGAGAAAAAAUGGGCAAAAGAGUCUCCUGCGAGUUAAUUUAAGUUUUUAUUUUAAUUCAUUAUUUUCUUUCAAAUUAUUUUCUUUCAAAGCUUACCAGAUGCCUGUGCUGGUUGAUAUCACAUUAGGAGUGUUUUUUUUUUUCAGCAUCUUUUUAUUUCAUUUAUUUAUACUUUUGCAAAAUACUGUUUGUUUUAUUCUGAUUCAUUUAUUCUGUGUUCAAAUAAAAUCCAUUUGUAGAAAGGG